CAUGUAAGUUUCCAUAAAUCCAGAGUUGAUGCGGGUUCGACAGGCUGGUUAAUACUGUCAGUGACAGGACCAUUUCUGUUGAUAGAAGAGAGGCUGAGUAUACGGUAGAGGGCAUGGCAGAUGGCGAUCUCCUACCCAACAGGCAUCCUCUCCAAGCCAUGGAUGAUAUGAAGUGAAGAUUCACAACUAAUGACACCAUCUCCACCAAGAGGUUAAGUGCAUUUUUCAAACUGUACAUCAUGCCAUACUUUUUACCUAGCAGUAAAGAAGUAUCAACUUGAGAAACACCAAUGGAAUAAUUCUUCAGCUGAUUGAAGGAGUGUAAUAUACUCCAUCAAAUCUUACUACAGGGAAGUAUCGUCGUAUGCACACGUUUCCAUCGCCAACUCUAAAUCAUCUACUUAAAUGUUAUGAGCAGCAUCCUUGAAAUUUUUUAUUUGUCACCAAAGACAUUUCGAGCUGCAUGGACAAUCCACAACAUCCUUGAAAGCCCACAUCACCACAAAGCACCUACAGCUUAAUGAGAAACUGCUUGCAUCAUAGGCAAUCAGCAACAUCUUUGACCUUACAUCUGAUUUCUUGAAGUGCAUCAAUGGCUGUGUAACGAGCAACACUCUGAACACACAUCUGUACUAGAUCAUCCUCCUGGAUCAACUAUAGUUCACCAUGAAUGUCCUACAGGAGUUGUCGGACCAGCAUCUGAGCUGCAGCAUCUGCAUGGAGCUGUACACUGAUCCCAAACAGCUGCCUUGUCUUCACAAUUUCUGCAAGCAGUGCCUGUCAACACACAUCCUCAAAAAGGUGGCUGGCAGUGGUGAUGUUGCUUUUCCUUGUCCUGUGUGCAGGAACAUGUGUAAGCCUGCAAAUCCUGAUCCCAGUAAGAUCAUGGAAUGGGUAGACUCCUUCCCAGACAACUUCUUCAUCAAGAAUCUGAUGGACACUUUUGAGACCCAGAGUCGGACUACUGGGUCUAUGACAGUGGAAGAUCAGCUUCAGGCUCUUGUUGUAGAGGCUGAGACAUGUCCAAGGCAUAAGAAGGAGAACGUCUUGGUAUACUGUACUGUGAAGAAGGGUGGAGCCUGUGGACUCUGUCUGCAGAGCUCAAUCCAUGAUGACUGUGCCAAAAGUCAUCUGACUCUAGACAAAGCUCAAAACCUUGCUGGAAACCGUUUAAAAGAUUUUAAGAAGAGAGUUGGGACCCUGUCUUCAAGGAUUGAAACAGUUAAUCAAAAGCUGUCUUCAAAACCAGAUGAACUCAAAUUUAAGAAGGAGGAACUGGCACUUGAGAUUUCACAACAUUUCACUGAUCUGAAGACAAAGAUAAACAAACUACUUCUUCAGAAAGAGAAGGAAACUAUGAAAGAACUAAAAAGUGUAAUGGAUCAGGAAAGUAAGAAAGUAACUGAGGCAAAAGGUGAAGCAACUUCUAUUUCAGGAUCACUGAAAAACACAGAGCAGCUCUUUGAGAAACUAAUUCAGAGCAGACCGACGAAGACUCUGUCUCUAGCAGACAGAGUAGAGGAGCAACUAGCAACAUAUGAGAGAGGCACAAUGAAGGCUGAGAAGGUUUGUGACGGGUUAGACAUUAAGUUACAUCAAACAGAGGAUAAUCUUACAGCUAUGAAGAACAUGCAAUGGGGCAGAAUUCUGGUUGGUGAGAAUGUGGAUGAGGUAACAGAUGCUCAGUUGUUUGCGGCUUCAAGUAUGCAGACAGCGCCUUCAGUUGCCAUACAGUCAUUGCCUGUAUUGUCUGUAAAUAAAGAUGGCUCUACUCAUGCUGAAAAGUUACCCCCAAGGGAAGCAUGUACAGCUGGAGCAUCUGUAGAUGCACUCUCCACGAAGGAACAAAGGGAUUUAAAGAAGAAGCUUUGUGUUGAAAAUACUUCUGUCAAAACCAACGUAACAUAUCCUAAGGUGGAACCUCAGCCUUCUGUGUCCCCUAGAACAGAGGUAUUUCAAACACAAUCAGAUCCAAGACAAAGGGAUUUUGUUUCAGCCACCGUGUCAAACUCGACGCAGCAUGAAAAUUCUCCUCAAGCAACAGCUUCAGCUGUGUCUAACCCAACGAAUGUAGCUCCCAGUCCAGAAUUCCAACUGAAUCCCACCCAUGACUUUAAUGGUCUGUGCCCAAAUGAUGUCCAUUCUGCUAGUUAUGUGGGUGUGUGUCCAUUUGGACAGAACUGUCUUCUCAUAUUGGACAGGUGGAACAAGAAGUUGAAGCUGAUUCAGAUCGGGGGGAGGCGUCUGCUUGUCUAUGCCUUUGCCGACACCCAGGAGCCGUGGGAUGUGACGUAUAUCAGUCAGGACAGCGUUGCCGUCACCUGCCCCAGCACCAGCUACAUCCUCACCAUCUCCGUGACCAGUUCCUCCAUUGAUAUCAGUAGAUUCAUCAAAACUGUGGUCGGCUACUCUGCAGUUGCCCACCUAGAUGGACAUAGAUUUGCUGCUGGUGUGUGUAAACCUUUUGGAAUGCCACGUGUUGAUAUCCUGGACUGUUCCUCUGAUAAUGCAAACAUUCUCCGAGAACUCCCUUCAAAUGUGACCUACCCCCGAACAAUGGAUCUUACCCUGAACAAAGACCUCUUUAUCUGUGACUGGAGUCUGAAGGAGAUCUCAGUGUUCGACAAGAAUGACUUCACUCAGAAGCUUCGCUACAAAGGGUCAGGGAGAGAGGGUGUCCUCCGAGAACCUGUGGGGACCACCAAGGACAGACGAGGUAAUCUGUACAUAGCAGACAGGAAGACAAAGAAGAUUCACGUCAUAUCCUCCACAACCGGAUCCCGUUUGGGGCUAUUGACCCUGGACAUUCCAAGUGACCCCAAGGUUAUCGUGAUAGCGGAGGCAGAGAGACGGUAUUCCUCUAGUGGGGAGGUGUUGGUUGUGGCCACAGGGUCAGGCAGAUUGUUUGUGUACGACCUCAUCACACCUGACAUACCAUAGAUUGGACACAGUGAUUCCAUAAGCAGUCAUUGUCAAGCAUAUAUAGUGUUUGAUGAUACUUUGUGACGCUGAUUUACAGUGUUUGCCCUUAACUCUGAAAAGCUGCAGGUCUUAAGGACCCAGAACCAUAAAAAGUUGUGGGUCCUGAUCAGAAUGUGUAGGCCCUAUAUUUUAAUAUGGAAAUGAUACUCUUAGUAAUUGGGGAUGAGAAUGCUGUCAGCCAAAAGGACCUGCAGAAAACAAAAACUGUGGGUCCGAGUGGUUUUCAGUCGGCUUCAGGCCUAAGGACCAACAUUAAUUUUGAACGCUGCUGAUUUCUGAUAAUGUGAGAAAGUAUAGCAUGAUCUGUGAUUUCAUUGAGAUGACCCAAUGAUUUUUCUUGAAUGGAGGGGGCGGCUGGGUAGCCUAGUGGUUAAAGCGUUGGCUCAUCAAGCCGAAGACCCGGGUUCGAAUUCCCACAUGGGUACAAUGAGUGAAGCCCAUUUCUGGUGUCCCCCGCCGUGAUAUUGCUGGAAUAUUGCUAAAAGCGGCGUAAAACCAAACUCAGUCAGUCAGUCUUGAAUGGAGUUAAAUUAAAAAUGUCCAUACUUGUAAAUGGAUAUGAUGACAAAUGGGGGCCGGGGUUGGGAGAACGAUUGGUCACAACAUUGUCAUGCAUUUGUUGAGAAGAUAACAAAAGUAAUCCUAUAUAUUUACAGUGCUAACUUAGUGAUUGCAUAGUCCGACAGUUUACAAGCCUUUUCUAACUGGUGACAGAAAUUAUUAAUUGUUUCUGUAUAUAAAGAAGAAAUUGAUUACCUGGAACAGGUGGUGAAGUGAUUGUGACAUGACAGCGCAAGUACUUUGGUGCAGAUCAAUUUCUAUAUCCAGCUCCUCCAACCUGAGGGAUCAAUGUGGAUGUUUGUAGCGCAGUAGUACAGAGAUCAUCCAAUAUGUUCAGGGACAUGUUCACAUUGCAGAUUGAUUCGCUAGAUAUUCAAUGUGUCAUGUUACACUGUGUCAUGGUCAUGUGUUGGUAGGUUGGUUGUUUAACGCCACACUCAGCAAUCUUCACAGAUCUGGUCAUGUAUUGAUAAACAAUUCAGUUUUAUAAGCCUGUGUCUUUAGAUGAUAUGCACCAAUGAUUGUCUCACACCACUUAUAUUUAUGCAGGACAUAAAUCCUAAAUAUGGUUUCGGUUGGAUACUCUACA